CCCCGGUGACACAUCUACUUCUACUUCUAUAUAUGUCUUCAGAGUCUUCAUGCGUUGAAUCUGCCAUCUGCUCCUCCCAUCUUCACGAUUUACAGUCACCGCAAGCAAAAUUUGUCACAUACACACAACAAUAGUAUCUUCGAGCGUCGCCAUGACUUCACAGUAAACAGCAUGAUUCUGGGUCCCUCCAUCGAGUCGCACAGCCCUUCUAUAGACCUCACCCCGAUGGUCAAGAUGGUUCUCCAAUUGUCCCAACCUUUCCGCCGGAUACAUCACGCUCACACGAACACCCGGUCUUUACUGAAUGCAAAAACGGAAAGAAUAAACCGGCGGAGGAUAGUCUGAGGCAUCGUUCCCACCACGAAGUUCUGAGCAUAAACCCUAUCCUAUUGGUGGCAAUUCCAGGGACAGACUGCAUCCAAAGCAUCUAUAUCAAUGGCAUCGAUAUUCACUUAUGAUCCGGAUCCCCCGAGGGUUGCAUCUCCGUGGUUGACGCCCACUGAUAGCCCUAAGCCAUCCACUCCCCAGCCGAAAGAGGCUCUCCCAAGUUCAAACGCAUCUCCAGUCACAUCGCAUCUUGCAGAUUAUGGAGUGACUCGACUGGAAGCAGAGCCUCAAGAAGGGCCAACAGAAUACAAAUUGCAUUUACUAUUGAGACCCAGAAGAAAUUACUCGAGUUCCUCAACUGGAUCAUUAGUAACUGGAUCACAGCAGCACAAGCAGAGAAUACCCAGCCAGCCUGUUACAAAUGAACCUGGUCCUAUAUUAGCUCCUUCAAACCAAUCCCGACAAAAUCGUCUAGAACAGUUAACGACACAACUCUUGUGGCGUCUACAACAAUCUUCUCCUUACCAUGCGUCUUCUAUCAGUAAUCUAGUUUUACCAAAACUCCCAGAAGCUACAGAGAACUUGUCUACACCUCCUAGACCUGGGAAACUGCUUGCUGGUUUGGAAGAAAGUCGGGGUGCCCUCUAUGAAAUUGGUGUCUCUGACGACGGAACCUUUGUAGGCCUGACAAAGGAUGAAAUGGAUGAAAGUCUUACCAAUCUUCGAGCCAUGGCUGCAAGUCUCGGAUGUAACGUUGAAGUUGUUCGCAUGGUAGUAGUCGGAGAUUGUGAAUGGCAAGAACUGUCUGUUCCAAAGACCGAUUUCGAGAAACGUGCUACAAAGCGUGGGCAGCGAGCCUCUAGACCGUUACAGGAGUCAAUUGGCGAACCCGAAAACCUACGGCACCAAGCUCAACUAUGGGUUGCUGAAGCUCUGGUCACCCCGGAUUUACGCUCUAGGAAGAAUUUUCAGCAAGUUGAUAUCAAUCCCGUCUCACUUGAUGAGACACCGCCUCCGACCCAGCUCGGAAAUCUGUCCCUAGAGCAUUCGCCAGCUUCACAUGAUACAACUGAACAACUACGCAUCACUUUGACAGGUCCAACCACCUCCGGAAAAUCGAGUCUGUUGGGUACUUUGUCCACUGCAACACUAGACAACGGUCGAGGUAAAAGUAGACUGAGUCUUCUCAAACAUCGUCACGAGAUAGAGUCUGGGGUGACUAGCUCCGUGGCUCAAGAGUUGAUUGGGUACAGAGGUACAGAAGUCGUUAACUAUGCUGCGGGUAAUGUGACUUCAUGGACGGAUAUUCAUGCAUCAGCACAGAAAGGUCGCCUAGUGUUUGUAUCAGAUACAGGUGGCCAUCCCAGAUACCGUAGAACGACCGUUCGAGGCCUCGUUGGUUGGGCCCCUCAUUGGACUGUACUUUGUAUUGCUGCUGACGACAGUGAUAAUGCUCCGAAUAGUGCUGGUGGCACCUCAUCGGCCCAAGAAAUCCUUGGGGCUGCUGGAGCAGGUAUUGACCUAGCCAAAGCACAUCUCGAGCUCUGUUUAAAGUUUGAUAAGCCUUUGGCAAUAGUUAUCACCAAACUUGACCUUGCUUCGAGAGUCAGCUUGAGGCAGACUCUGUCCAAAAUCUUGACAGCUGUGAAAGCCACAGGACGAACCCCAAUCAUCGUUCCGCCAGACCAAACUAAGGUGGUGCUCGAGACGGACCUUUCAAGCAUUGCGGAGAACGACGCAAAUGCGGUUCAAAACAUAGCGGAAAGGAUGGCAUUGUCUGGCGAUCUUGUAUCUCUUGUACCUAUCGUCAUGACAAGCGCUGCAAAAGGUACGGGUAUACGUUCGAUGCAUGCUCUACUGCAAAAUCUACCCAUGCCGAAACUACCCACUGCACAGGACUUCGUUGGUUUGGCACUGAAUCCGGAGCAACCCGCUAGUCUUUUUCACAUUGAAGACGUUUUUGGCGGCUUGCAAGCAUCCUAUGAGCCUUUGGCAUCAAAUAAGACCAAGCCAGGAGAUGCAGGCUCCGUGGUGGCAGGGUACUUACGCUUUGGGAGAUUUACAGUCGGUGAUACCGUCGUUUUGGGCCCUUUCCCAUCUGAUGUCGAGGAGUACGACUCACCCAGCAGAGCGCCCACAAGAUCAUCUCCAGCAAGUCUUGGGAAUUCAAUGAGCCAUUCUUCUACUGUAGAUUUGUCUCGGCUAUCUUCUCGGAAUGCUAUAUCAGCAUCAGCAAGUAAAGUUGAAUGGUUCAAUGCUCGAAUAGUCAGCCUUCGAAACCUGCGACUUCCUGUCCACACUCUAGACGCAGCUCAGGUGGGGACUAUUGGACUUGUAUUUGACAUACCUGAGCCAGAGCUUUCCAAUGGUCCGUUUGAGCGUCCGCCACCACCAAUCCCACGUAUCAGGAAAGGUCUGGUAAUGGCUAUUCCCAAUCGGCACAUGAUAGAAACAGGACACACCUUGCAAGCCGCCAGCGGAUUCUCGGCGUCGUUCGAAGAUGGUGACAUUAACUCUGUCACUGUUGGUAGCCUAGUGGUAGUCUACAUUGCAAGCAUUCGUGCCUCGGCGAGGGUUCUGAAAUUGGUACCCCAUACCAAUAACGAUUUGGUAGAUAGCGCGGACAUAGAAGAUCUUGAGGAUGACGUUUUUGGACUCCAUGACAACCUUGAGAAAGAUGAGCAAGACACAGCUGAGCCACUUGUAUUUGGCUCCUACGGAACGACAGACGUCACUUUUGAACUUAUAACGAAUCGCGAAUGGAUAGAGCUUGGGUCUCAAGUCUUACUUAUGCCAGGUGGAGGGCAUGGUUUGUACUAUGGGUCAGAAAGAGGAGAAAAGGGAAUAGCUGGCCUUGAAGGUUUUGUCGGCAAGGUUGUAGAGGUAAUAGAUUGAUAGCGCUUAAUUACUUGUGUACCUAUGUAUCCGACGAC